AUGCCGUCGAUUCGCGUGAGCUUCAAUCCGCCGCGCUUCCGCCGCGGCGAUCUGGUGGAGGUGGCGAGCGCGCAGGAGGGCUUCGUCGGGUCCUACUUCGAGGCGACGGUGGUGGCCGAUCUGGGGAAGGACGGCUACCUGGUGCAGUACCGCACCCUGCUCAGGGACGACUCCUCGGGGCCGCUGCGCGAGGUGAUCGGCGCGGCGGAGGUCCGGCCGCGGCCGCCGCCGGAUCCGGCGGAGCGGUACCGCGCGGGCGACGUGGUGGACGCGUUCGACAACGAGGGGUGGUGGUGGGGGCGGAUCACCGGGAGGAGCGGGGACAGCUACUCGGUGUUCUUCGAGACGACACGAGACGAGAUCGUCUACCACAAGAACGCGCUGAGGACUCAUCACGAGUGGAGCGAGGGGCGAUGGUGCCUGGCGAUGCUGGUUCCGGUUGCUUGA